UGCGUUAUAUGUCAAAGUUGUGUUGUGUGUGUUGAUGAAAUGAAUUUCUUUACAUAAAGUGUUAUUAGUUCUAAAGAAGUAUCAACUUUCGAAUUAACCAUGCCAGAAGAUAUAGCAGUUAGUCCAGAUUUAGAAAGACUCCUCGAACACCUAGACGACUUUACUAUAGAUGAAGCAAAUUAUCAAGUAAUACAAGAUGCCUUAGAAAAAAAUAAUAACAUAAACGUGACAAUAUUGGAGCGUCUGUUGACAGUAUGCAUACGUGACCUUAAAGAAGAUAUUAUGAAAAACCCAUUUCAAGCACUAAAUGUCUUGGGUACUUUGUUAAAUAAAGUCAAGACGGGAAGCAUUCAUGAAGUACCAGAUCUUGUGCCAUCAGCUAAUGCUAUUUUACAUAUUAUCAAAACAACAGCCCUGUUUAAUAAGAUGGAUGAACUGAAGGUGUUAUGUUUUGAAAUAAUACUCUCCUACCCUGACAAUGUGUUAAUUACUUUAGCUGUUGAUCAUUAUAUUGAGAUUAUUGAGAUGCUUAAUUUGUACUGCCAUCAAAGGAUACCAUUGCUUAUAAGAUUGCAGGCUUUAAAUAUAAUUAACAAGUUAUUAAAAAUUUUACCACCUGACAAAAAGGCAACAUUUGUGAAAGAAGGUAUUGAGAUUUGGUUCUCUAAAGUGGUGCCAACGGUAAUGGCCUCUGUCAAAACUGCUGCUGUAAAAAAUGCAAUGGCAGUAGAGACAUUAGAAAUGCUUGCAGAGGAGUUAAUCCGAUUUGAUUAUUCUAAUAAUCCCACCUGGCUUGUAGUAUUAGAGUGUAUUUAUACACCACAUAAGUAUCCAAAAAUUAUGCAAAAUCUAUUAGAAGCUGGAAAUGAAGUUUGGUACAGAUUGUGGAUAAUUUUUACGAAAUUACUCAAAAGCCAAAUUACAAAGAAUAUGAGCUCUUUUGGUAGCCCAAUUAACUCUAUGCUGCCAGUAGUAGAAACUGCAUUUAAAAUGAAUGUGAAGAAUAGAUGCCGAGCAUUCCAGUGCUGGAAUGCAUUGAUCGAUAACUUUGCAGUUGAAGCCAAUGAGCCAUAUGUUAACAAAAGACUGAGAUUGCUGAUAAUUCCAUUGGCAUCAAAUAAUGCCAAAGUUGAAGAGACAGCACUUGCUAAACUGAAUACAUGGUUGCAUCUAAUAAGAAGUUUCGAAGGCAAAAUAGGAAGCUUAUCUCAUAUAGUUUUACUUCCUUUUAUGUUCUUCUGUUUUGGUAAGCCGAGUGUAGGUGACAAGCCUGUUUCCGCACCAGGUUUGCUGACAAUUAACACGAAAAGACAAGUUCUUGAAGCAUUUUCGUAUAUAAUAGGACAUACCGAUUGUGACUGUGUUGUUUAUAUGCCUAAACUCAACAAUAAAAUACUUACGCAUGAUGUAUUAGUUGAUCAUUGGAGACUUUUGACGAACUCACUGACAAUAACAAUAAGAAUAUGUGUGGAUGAUGACAGUGAUUCUGUGACUCAACACUUCAAAUGUAUUUGGAAGUCAAUAAUUGCAGAUAUUUCUAAAAUACCUAAUUGUACUACAAAGUACAAUCUAUUUUAUGAGCUUUUGCAAAUGCUACAAGUGCUGCUACAGUGUCAUAGUUGUGACAGAUUGUCCGAAUUAGUAUUUCACAUAGUGACAAAUUCUGUACUUGAUAUCAAUGAUAUGGUGCAACCAGUCUUUGAACAUGGUAAUAAAGAGAAUAAUGCAUUGCAAAAUAUUAUUUCUAUGUUACUGAGCCCUUCUCUUGACUGUGUGUUUACAAGAUUCAAUAGAAAAGAAAUUAUUAGUAAGUUAAAGCCCCUAGCGAAGUUUAUUGCUCAAGAAUAUUUAAAGCAAGUGACAGUACAAUGUCUAAAACUGGAUGUUUACAAAAACAACAGCCUCUUGCUGUGGACGGCCAUUGCAGAAGCAAUUUGUGAAAUUAAUUGUGCAACUUCUGUUGAUAUUUUACAUCAAAUGCUUCUACUGCCCUUGAAUUGUGAAGAUAGUGCAUUUGCCUCGGUGGAUGUUUCUGUAGACGCAUGGUUUGCUUUAUAUAAUUUUGCAACCACUUUAGUGGAAGAAAAUUGUAUUGAUAACGACAUUUAUGAUAUCAUCAGCAAUCCUGCUAUUACAGGCACCUUAAAUAAAUCUUUUGUAUUCAAAGUUUCACUUACCGUUUUAAACCAAAGAAUACAAAAAAAUAGCGAAAAUGAUAAUUUAAUUCACAAAUGUGUAGAUACCUUGCUGUAUACCAUGGAGGAUAUUAUUUACUGUUCUGUGAAAAAUAACUUAAUACUCCUUCAGAAAACAAUUAUUUCAAUGCUCAAUAAGCUUGCCAAAGAAAAUGAUGAAUAUUUAGCUAAAACAACGGUGUCAGUUGUUAAUAAUGUUCUAAAAAUAGUAACCAAAAAUAUCAAACAAAUUGAAAAAGAUGUUGACCUUGCCAAUUUUCUUGUGAAACUUUUUGAGCCAUUGGAAAUAUUGUUUGCGCAAGAAGCUUAUUGUAAUCUAAAAUUAUUAAUAUCCGAUGAGUUGGAAAAAUUCAGCAAAUGCUUUACUGGAACAGAUAAAAGUGUUCACAAUAUCAUUAAUAACAUUAUCAAUCAGAAAAAUGGAACAGUAACUUCCAAUAUAUCAGGUGAAAGAAGUGUAAGUCCUGGUAUUCUUGAUAAUUUUACUGAACCACAAGUUAAAGUACCUAAGAAGGGUAAGAAAAAGGAUUCAAAUAUAAUUGACACAGUUGUAGAAAACGGAGAGGAGUAUGUUGUUGUAAAUUCUAAUUGGAAGUUUAAUCCGAAGAAAUUGACCGAUAACCAGAAAGAAAAAUUAAAACGCACAAGAGAAGAUAUACCUGCCUUGUAUCAAGAUUUGUCUCAGUCCCAGGAUGAAUUCAAAACAGCUUAUAAAACAAAUUCUGUUGAUUCAACAUCUUGUAGCAAAUCCAACACUGUAGAAGACAAUGUCGAAUCUUCAAUACUAAAGAACAUGCCAUGUUCUGAUGUUGUGCCAACAAUUAUUGACAACAUAUUUAUUGCCAGUCCUAAAAAACAUAUUCAAGAAAUGACAAUCUCGGACUCAGUAUCAGCCAAUUCAAAUAUUGAACAGAAACAAAAUAGUAAUGCAAAAACACCUCGUAUGGCAAUAAAAGACAGAGUCUUUAGAAAUGUAAAAAAUUUAAUUGAAAAGUCUGGUUUGCAAAUGGAUGAUUUAAACUCGACGGUCAAUGAGAAUCUUCUAUCAACACCUAAAAGGAAAAAGACAGUUGAUGAUAAUCUUGUUAAUUCUGCACCUCCUAAAAUGAAUGCAGUUAGACCUGCACGAAUGAAAAGAAAGCCUAAGAAAUUGGAAGAUCACAAGUUGUCGCCAUUUAAAAAGCGAAGUUGUUCUGUAAAUCAAAAUAACUCCCAAAGUAUAAUUCCUGAGCAACAAGUUACACAAAAUCAAUCUUUGGAAAAUGUGGAGAAACCGUUGGAUGACGUUCCAAAACUAAUAGAUCCACCGGCGGAUAACGUAACCCAAAAUGUAGACAAUGUUGAUAAAAAUUCUGAACAAAAUUUGUCUAACGAAGAAGCAAAAGUCACAGCAAUCGUAUCCACAGUUAUUGAAGACGAAACUCAAAAAAUAUCGGAAACAACUGAUUUAGAAGAUGAUGCAAUUAAAAGCGAUUCUAAUUCUACGAUCGACAGCACAACUACUGAUACAGAUAUUUGUGAUGAAAAUAUUGACAAGAACAAUGUCGCCACACCCCAUACAUUAAGCAAAGAUAACACUUCAAAAUCUACUAAAAAACCUGGUAGGGGACCAUCUCGCCUUGAAAAAAUAUUAGCUAUCGACAUGGUUGAAGGUCAUCCAUUUUUAAAUAAUAAUUCAUCCAGAUGUACUAGAAAAUCGAUUGAAACCAACGCGACUAUUAUUACGAGAAAAAGUAUCGAAAAACUUAGCAAGCCAAAAUCAAGUAAAGUCUCAACCAAAAAUGAUACAAAACCAAAAGAAAAAAUGAAGUCGCCACCACGAAGUGUUGAUAAAAAUAGUGAUUCAAUUGAUGAUUUAAGUACAACUCAAUCUCAGGAUAUUAUAGAGAGUUCACAAGAUUCUACUAUAUCCACGAUAUCCGUUAAACCAGCUAAGCAUAUAAAUAAGAUACCUUACGUAUCCCUAGAAAAUAUAAAGGAUUUAACUAAAUUAACAAAACCAUCAAAACAUAGUGAUGAACAAUCUAUGUUCCUAGAUACUCAAAAUGAUGUACAAAACGAUACAGUAGCGGCUGAAACCAAUGAAGAUAUUGAAUUAUCCCGAAACAAGACUGUACUUCAAGAUAAAACGAAUGACGUAACAGCAGAAAUGGAUACAGAACAAGUCGAAUGCGUUUCUAGUUCUGAUGAAGUUACGGAAAUAAAAAAUGAUUAUCCAACAUUGACCAUUAGUUCCCAAGAUACAUGCAGUAAUAAUGAUAGUCAGGAAACGGCAUAUGCCGAUACACAACCACAAGAUCCGAAUCUUUUACUUGACGUAAACUUACCACUGCAAUCUACAGUAACUGAUGAAAACUGCGAUAAUCAAAAUGAGACAAACGCACAACAUGAGACAAACAAACAUGACCACAAUUACUGUUCCCCACUUAAAGAUGACGUACAAAGAAAACAAGACUUCAUGAAGAGUACGUUAGAGAUAUCUCCGAUUAAAACAUUAAGCCCCGUACGGGAAGAACAGAAAUCAUUAACUCCAGAAACUAGCAGAGAUUUCGUAAUUAUAAAAUUAUCGUCACCCGUCCAAAGUAACGGUGAACCGUACAAUAAUUCAAAUUCACCAGAAAUAUUUACGAACGAUAAAAUCUCUCCGGAUAAGAGAGAUCAAUCGCCUCCUAGGAAUGGACCGAUUUUGAAUAACUCUAGUCCCAGUUCAUGUUUGUCUUUGAAGAAGAAUCUACCACAAGUGAGAUCCGGCAGAGCGGCGCAAAUGCUAGGGUUAUGUGUACCUGAAGGAAUGAAUAAUUUUGAUUCAUUGAAGCCCGAGGAAAAAAAAUCACCCUCUACAAAUACGUCUGCUAGACGAAAUUUACGUAUCAUGUAUUCAACUAGUGAGAAUAGGGAACCGGUUGAAAUUGAAGAUAACUCGACUUUCCUUAAACUGAGGAGACCUGUACCUAUACCUGACAGUAGUCCUUCGGGACCUAUUUUAAAACGAAAAAUAAACAUUGUUGACGAUGCCACCAUCUCUCCGGCGUCUAAAAGAAAAAGGGUAAGUUUCCACGAUCCACCGGUUUCGACGACAAUUUGUGUUAAAAAAUACAUAGAAUCGUGUGGUAUUCGUUCUCCGCAGAAUUCUAUGGCGAAGCGUUCUGAACGACUAGCUCGAGUUCCCGCUAAUCCUAAAUCUCCAAAGAGGCUAGAUACUGUAUUCAAUAAUUUAUUAAAAUUAGAAAAUGCUUUAACAAAAACCGUCGAAAGUUUCACGGAAAGUGAUAGAAUUAGUUCAGAGGAUAGCGAAAUGAAUUCUCUCGAAGAAACGGCUGUAGAAGUAAACAAGAAUUUGUCUGACACUGAACCAAUUUAUAAAUUACUUAUUAAUUGCAACGAUACUAUUCAUAUUAUUAUCGAUGAACUGUCAUCAACAGACACGAAAUCAUCACUUCUAAAGGAAUUUGAAGGAAAAGUGACUACGGUUAGUGAUUUAGCAAAAUUGACGGAAUUAGAAAUUAACAAAUUCAGCAUUAAAACGCCUAAAGUACAAGUAGCAAGAAAGGUUUUAAAAGAAUAUGCUGAUAAAACCAAAUCAAAUGAAUUACCAAGAACUGAAGAUACUAAUGAAAAUCAAAGUAUGAAAUUGGAUGAUGAAUUGAAUAAUAAAAUAGAUAUGGAAGUCCAGACGGAGUUGAAUCUCUCGUUAGCUUCAACUCAGACAGAAGUUGCAGCCCUCAGUACUCAGACACAAACUCUACAGUCCGGGGACAUGACUACAAUGUGUUUAAUUGCAUAUCUAUUCAAAAAACCAGACUUUCUCAGUCACUUGUGUGAGAAUCUUGACGAACCUUCGAAACAGGAGAUCGCGAAUGAUUUACCAAUGGAUUGUAUAACGGAAACAUUAAUAAGAAAAUUGGAUAUUUCUAAUUCUGACGACACGUUAACCACAAUAUUGGAUCAACACAGGAAUGUAUCUGCAAAUGGAACUUUAUCGGUGCUACAAGAAUAUUUAUCGUCCAGAUUUAGUACUAAAGAUUUAAUUAAAUUGUGUAGUGAUAUAUUAAAAAAUAUAUCUGACAGAACAAAUGAAGGAAAAUAAUGUUCCUAAUUGUUGGUAAUUACGUUGAUUUAUUACGAUUUAUUUGAUAAGGAACCAUACUCAAUACGUUUGCGCGUAAAACAAUUUAUUUACUCUAAAUUGUAUUGACACAUGAACUAAGUCUUAUUUGAUUUAGUAUUAUGAACGAUUACUGAUUUAGGAAAGUAUUGUUAUACUUUUUAUUUACUUUUACAAUAAAAGUUUAUCAGAACACAAAAAAAUAGUCGUUAAAAUAAUGCAUUGAACAAAGCUUUAAAUACGAAAAUAUUUCGAUCAGGGGCAAACGGUUGAAUAUUUUUUACUAUUAUUCUGUCGUUAUGCAACUCAGAGAUAAUUAGAAGAGGCAGAAUUUGUCAAAAAGGCAUUUUUUCUGAAAACAACACCAUCACGGGCUCUGAUUGUACGCAAGUUAUAUAGUCUACACUAAUAUUAUAAUGAUAGAUUUGUAUUUUUAUAUGUAU